AUGAGUAUUAGUGAGAUCAUUCGCUAUAGAGGAUAUCUUAGUGAGGAGUAUGAAAUUAUGACAGACGAUUCCUAUUAUCUUAGCAUCAACAGAAUUCCCUUUGGCAUAGAAAAUGGUAAGAGCUCAGGUCUCAAUCCUGUUCUUCUGCAGCAUGGCUUAGUUUUAGAGGGAACCACCUGGGUUGCAAAUAUGGCCAACAGCAGCCUGGGCUUCAUUCUAGCAGAUUUUGGCUAUGAUGUUUGGAUUGGAAAUAACAGAGGGAAUAACUACUGGGCAAGAAAACACUACAACCUUACAGCUGACCAGGAGGAAUUUUCAGAUAACAGUUUUUCACAACAUGCCACACAUGACCUUCCUGCCAUCAUAAACUUUAUUCUGCAGAAAACGGGGCAAGUGCAACUGUAUUACAUUGGCUAUUUUCAGGGCACCACCUUAGGUUUCGUUGCAUUUUCAUCCAUGCCACAGCUGGCUCAAAAAAUCAAAAUGUUUUUUGCAUUAGCUCCUAUAAUCACACUUAAGCAUUCCAAAAGCCCACUGGUAAAACUGUUCUUCUUACCUGAAGGAAUAAAUAGGACUAUACUUGGCCAGAAAGAGUUUUCUGUAAAGGGAGAGAUUCUGAGCAAAUUUACUGUUCAGGUGUGCCGCUACAGAGUAUUUCAGAAGCUUUGUUCCUUGGUCUUUUCUGUCAUCAGGGGUUUUAAUGAAAAGAACCUAAUUAUAGUAUACAUUUAUUUUCUGAGUCGCAUUGAUAUCUACCUGUCACACUUUCCAGAUUCAACAUCUGUAAAAACUAUGCUCCAUUGGGGCCAGACAUUUAAAACAGGAGAAUUCAGAUAUUUUGAUUAUUGCAGUGAGGAAAAUGAAGUUAAAUACAACCAGACUGAAGCCCCCUUGUAUAGGUUAGAAGAUAUGAAAGUUCCAACUGCAUUGUGGUAUGGUGGAGAGGACUGGCUUGUGGACCUGGAGGAUAUAAAAAUAUUACUCCCACAAAUCACUAAUCUACAGUAUGAAAAGUAUAUUCCUGAUUGGGCCCAUUUUAAUUUCAAUUAG